AUGACUCUAACAACCAUCAAUAUCGAGGAAGUGAAGUCCUCUGUAGAUGCCACGAUUGAGGCACUACAACAGGAAUUAAGGGAAUUGAACCAUGAAAUCUGGUCAAACCCUGAGCUUGCUUACCAGGAGCACCGAGCCCAUGAUACAAUUUGUGACUUCCUCGAAGGACAAGGCUUCACUGUUACUCGUCACGCUUAUGGCCUUGAUACCUCUUUUGAGGUUUUAAGUGGAACUGGUGGGCGAUUGAUCAAUUUCAACGCAGAAUAUGACGCAUUACCUGGAAUUGGUCAUGCUUGUGGUCAUAACCUAAUAGCGACUAGCAGUAUCACUGCCUUCCUUGCGCUGUCAUUUGCCAUAAGAAAAUUUCACAUUCCUGGUAGAGCCCAGCUAUUAGGCACGCCAGCCGAGGAAAAUGGAGGCGGAAAGGCCAAACUGAUUGAUGCCGGCGCUUACAAGGACGUUGACAUUUCCUUAAUGGCUCAUCCAGGACCUCAAACGCUUUACCCUGGUGAGGAGCCAUGCGAUGGCAUAGCUGGAACCCUUAUGAAUGCACGCAAGAAUAUUCACUGCGAAUUCACGGGUAGAAAUGCCCACGCCGGUGGAAACCCCUGGGAAGGGAUCAACGCGCUUGAUGCGCUGGUCUCAUCUUACAACAACGUUGCUGUUCUUCGACAGCAGCUUCUCCCGGACCAGCGUGUUCAUUGUGCUUUCUUGGACACACCCAAGGUAGCUAACGUGAUCCCAGAUUAUACGAAAGCUUUCUGGCAGGUGCGCAGCCCUACGUUGAAGGGAUUGAAUACCCUUAUCGGCAAAGUGCGCAAUUGCAUUGAGGCUGGUGCGUUGGCCACUGGGUGUCAGGUCAAGAUUGAUGAGGAUGAACUCUACACCGAUGUCCGAUUGAAUGACACUCUCUGUGAACGCUACCAUGUCCACAUGGGAGGGUAUAGCCGCAAGGUUCUCAAGCGCCAUGAAAAAGUCCUAACCGGAUCUUCAGAUAUUGGCAAUGUUAGCUACGAGACCCCCACGCUUCAUACAAUGUUUGCGAUUCCUGCUCCUACAACUUCUUUUCCACAUCAUCCGACGUUUGCAGCUGCAGCUGGAACAGAUGAGGCUCAUACUGAGGCAUUGAUUGUUGGUAAAUCUUUGGCAUUGAUCGGUUGGGAUAUGAUUGUAGAGAAUGAGAUGUAUGAUGUGGCGCGGCGUCAAUGGAAAGAAGAGAUUUUGAGGGAGUAG